AAUGUAGCUGUAGUACUUGAAAUCGGGGCCUAGAAUCUCCUGAAAACAAGUACGAAACGAAGCCGAAAUUUCGAAAAAGUCCCUGGACUCCGCGCGGUAUCUCUAGAGAGGGCGCCCCGACGUACCGACCUGGUUGGUAAAAAAUAAAAGAAAAUGUACUGAGAAGUUGGCCCACAAUGUAGCACAUUCCGUGUGGUCGCACACACGCCUUCACAUUCACAACAAUCAUGUUCAACUUUGACAUACUCUACGGUGCCAGCACGGCAGCUACUAGGAUGUUUGGGCCCCGCGAUGGCGUCCCUUCGCUCCUGGAUCGCUGCGCAAGCUUCAUAGUCACUUCCUGGCACGUCACGCGGGCCUCACUGAACGUCCUACCCCACGACCUGUACGAAGUGCUCCUGGGCGAGGCCUGCCAGGCCCUGCUGUCCUACAGGUCAGGAACGCCAGGCCUGUUUCUGACGUACAUCGUUCAGAGGUGGCCCAGCGUGGUCUUGAAGCCGGGAAGUUUGAUUUGGAGAUACAGACUGGACGUGAAAAACAACAAGAAGACUAGCGAGCUGGUCAUGCACAUUGUGAAUGGCAUCUGCCAGCCGGAGAGUCAAUGCAAACUUACAAUGGUGGAUCUUUCAGAUAUACCAAUGAAUGGCAGCACUUGCCUUAUUCUUCUACAAAAGGUCUUCGCGUCACUCAACGGCAGGAGCCUGACUGUUGUUUUGGACUUGGCCUUAGACGCUGAAAACUACCACCCGAUCAGACGCUUGCUCAGGGACGUGCGACAUUGUAAAAAUGGCAGCCUGAAGGUGCAGUGUCGCAGGCUGACCGUAAACUCCUUGGGGAAGGACAAGCUGUUGAAGGUGACCGGUCUCGUAGAGCCUGAUAUCAUUGUUGCCUUGAACUUGGACUGGAAUAAUCUGGAGGAGCAGGGGCUCUCGGCUGUUCUACCAUCCAUGGUCAAGUUCCUGAACCUUCAAGCCUUGAGUUUAUCAUACAAUCUGAUCAGCACGAUCAAGGACCAGACUGUCGUUCCGAUGGCUGCAGAGGCGUUCUCCAACUUGAAGCAUCUACGAAGACUCAGUCUCAGCCAUAACGCUCUAACCGGAUCUCUCAGGACGCUUCUAGAGUCGCUUCACCAACCCCUGCAGGCUCUCUACCUUUGCGAGUGCAAGCUGUCCUCCCCGGAUCUCUCCUACCUGGCCAACUCGCGCCACGCGAAGACCCUGCAGGAACUGGACCUGGGCUUCAACAGCCUCAAGCACGAAGCCUUGAGCUUGGAGAAGCUUCUCAACGAGGCAGGGCACACGCUGCAGUACCUCAGCCUGGACAACACCCGUCUGAACCUCACCGGUUGCCCGGUCAAGCUCUGGAAACGUCUGAGUCACCGACUCCCUACACUGAUCGCCUUGUCGAUGCGGGGCAACGAUUUCUCCCCCGAGAACCAAGUGACCAUUUUGAAAGACCUGGCCGAGAAUGCCCACUCCAUGGUGUACAUUGGGGUGUGCAUGGUGUACGAACCUGUGAUUGAGGACGAUUUCUUCAUGGACGAGUGGGACGAUGUCAGCAAUGAUAGGGUGACUCAGUUCUUCGACUUGUACAAUGAGUGCAAGGAACAAGAGGAACCAGAGGAACCAACAACAAGCAACAACAAGACACGAUCAGUCAUUGUUCAUGAUCUUGAUGUUAUCAACAAGAGAGAUGCCUUAAUAUUCAUUCACAAUCUUUAUGAGGAGCAAAGUCCUUGAAACAAUUCGUGCUUUUGACAUUUUGUUUGUCUUAAUUACCCCCUUCAAUUUUAUUUUGUGAAAAUAAAUCUGUUUGAAAGUUUAACUUUUUUAUUAUUUAUGUAUGUUAAAGCAAACUUUUACAAAAUCCAGACAUCAAGAAUUUAAAGUAAUUAUUUUGUCAAGGGCACUUGAUUUUACCUUCCUGUUGGUGAUUUCAACCCAAAAUCUAUACUGACAAGCGAGCAUGUCUUUCCGUCUGUAUCGCUGUCUGUUCGGCUAUGCAUUUGGCCGUGUGAUCACCUAGAGUUGAAACUUCCGUCACACUGAUCAUGUACAGAUUUGCUCGCAGAAAAGGGUGUGCGCACAUCUCGUGGUUACAAGAUGUUUCCAUUUCCUCCCGAAUGACCUUUGACCUGUACUUCUUCAUUGAGAUGCCAAACUGGCUUAUUAUUUCAUCCCCU